AUGAGCUCGGACCUGCUGAUAUAUGCGCUGACUGCGUCAACAGCACUUUACCUGAUUGCGCUCCUGAGGGCAAUCUCUGAUCAAAAACUGCGCGCAAUACCGACUGUAGGCGGAUCGUCUCUGCCUAUCCUAUACCACUACUCUAUCGUGCGGAAUAUAUCACGGAUUGCUUCCAUCAGUCGAGAAGGAUACAACAAGUACCGCGGCAGACUGUUCAAAUACGCAGAGCCAGCGGGCUGGCGUAUCAUAGUAACCAAUCCUCAACACAUCGAGGAAAUUGCAAGGGCGUCUGAUGAUGUUCUCUCCCUCGCCGAGUCUGUCAACGAUAUGACGCAGAUUGUCUACACCAUGGGACCGGAGAUACACCACCAUCAAUGGCACAAUGCGCUCAUACGAGGCCAGCUCACACGCAAUAUCAAUCGCUUCUUCCCGGAGAUGCACGAUGAGCUGGUCACCGCAGUGAGCGAAGAGAUAUGUGUUGAGGAUAGCUCUUGGAAGGAAGUUGGGGUGAAGGAUUCGUUCAUCAAAGUAGUCUGCAGGACCAGCAAUCGCGUUUUUGUUGGUUUACCAAUGUGCAGGAACGCGGAUUACUGCGACCUCAACGAAAGGUUCACUAUGGACGUAGUCAAGGGGGCGUUGGUCCUCAAACUCUUCCCUGCGCUUCUUAGACCCCUCAUAGCACGCUUCUGCACCAAUGUACCUACAAACAUCGACGAGGGUAUAGUCCACCUUGGACCCGCUAUACUCGAGCGUUUGGGCAAGCACGGUGAAUUAGGAGACAAGUGGACAGAUAGACCUAACGACAUGCUGCAGUGGCUCAUUGACAAUGCGCCGCCCCAUGAACGAUCAGUUCGUCCCCUCGUGUUGCGCAUCUUGUCUGUCAACUUCGCAGCUGUCCAUACGACUACCACGGCAAGUCAAAACCGUCCCAUUUCAAGCCCGCUUGCUGAUUGUUCUGUUUGGGUUCGCUCUUGGACCUUGGCAUUGCAGAUUCUUACACAAAUCAUGUAUCACUUGGCGGCGUACGUGGAUCCGCUCAGAGCAGAAGUCGAGGCAGUCAUUCAAGAGGAAGGCUGGACAAAGUCAGCCAUCGACAAGAUGUACAAGAUCGACAGCUUCGUGAGGGAGGUCCUGCGGAUGUCGACAUCCAGUUCCUCUGUAAAUCGCAAGGCCCUCAAGGACUUCGUGCUGUCUGAUGGGACAGUGAUUCCCGCUGGAAGCAAUGUCGGCGCAGGCUCGUACCUCCGACACUUCGACGACGCCAUUUACGAAGAUGCCAGUGUUUUUAAUCCGUGGCGUUUUUGCCUCAAGCGCAGCGAGGAUCAGUCGGGCACGAAGGGCCUGAUAGUCAACUUGGGUCCAGAUUUCCUCCCAUUUGGGCACGGGAAGCAUGGAUGUCCUGGUCGGUUCUUCGCGGCAGUGGAGAUGAAGGCGAUUUUAGCCCAUGUUGUGGUGACAUAUGAUGUGAAGAUGAAGGAGGAUGGCGCACUACCGUCUUCUAGGUGGAUCUUCACGGCGCUGAUCCCUGACCAGAAGGCCAAGGUCUUGUUUCGGAGACGUCAAAGCUAG